GCUCGCUGGUUCAGCUGCGCGUCCACGUCGUCCGUUCGAGAUCCUGGAUAUUUAGCUUGUCGUGCCUAAAAGUUACACAAAAAAUAAGAAACAAAUGAAAAAUAAAAAUACAAACAAAAAGUUUAAACGAAAAGAGCAAAAAACAAUUGCUAACAAAUAGCGAAGCUCGUCAAUAAUCCCAGUAAACGGGCUCGUAAAAAAAAAAACCUAUAUUCCGUCAAACAUAAAACUCGCUCGGCCGCAGCACAUUUAAAUUUAUUUAUUUUAAAAUCGAUGGCAGCAUUCCUCGGUUAAGAAGCGCCUUUAUAUUUUAUUUGCUCGGAGUCGGAGCCCUGCCAAUUGGGAUUACAUCGACGUUCGCCAAGUGCUACAUUACCAGCGGCAAAACGGAUAGCUGCCCGAGAUAUAGCCAAAACGUGUGCCAUGAAGGAGAAAAGCAAAAAUGCGGCACGCACGCGACGUGAAAAGGAAAACACCGAGUUCUGUGAAUUGGCCAAAUUACUGCCGCUGCCAGCGGCGAUUACUUCGCAACUGGACAAGGCCUCCGUCAUCCGGCUGACCACAUCGUAUUUGAAAAUGCGCCAGGUCUUUCCCGACGGUCUUGGAGAAGCCUGGGGCUCAUCGCCCGCCAUGCAACGCGGCGCUACAAUCAAGGAGCUGGGCUCACACCUGCUGCAAACCCUGGACGGCUUCAUCUUCGUGGUGGCUCCGGAUGGCAAAAUCAUGUACAUCUCGGAAACGGCCUCCGUGCAUUUGGGCCUUAGUCAGGUCGAGCUGACGGGCAACUCGAUAUUCGAGUAUAUACACAACUACGAUCAGGACGAGAUGAAUGCCAUUUUGUCGCUGCAUCCACACAUCAACCAGCAUCCAGCUGCCUUUCUCAACUCCCUACAGCUCGCCCAGACGCACACGCCCAUAGGCAGUCCAAAUGGCGUUCAGCAUCCAUCCGCUUACGGCCACGAUCGUGGCUCGCACACCAUAGAAAUCGAGAAGACCUUCUUCCUGCGCAUGAAGUGCGUGCUGGCCAAAAGGAAUGCCGGCCUCACGACAUCCGGUUUUAAGGUGAUACACUGCUCCGGCUAUCUGAAGGCUCGAAUCUAUCCCGAUUGUGGGGACGGUCAGGGCAGCCUUAUUCAGAAUCUUGGCCUGGUCGCCGUCGGACACUCGCUGCCUUCAUCUGCCAUCACAGAAAUCAAGCUGCACCAGAAUAUGUUCAUGUUCCGGGCCAAGCUGGACAUGAAGCUCAUAUUUUUUGAUGCACGUGUAUCGCAGCUAACCGGAUAUGAGCCACAGGACCUCAUCGAGAAGACACUGUAUCAGUACAUCCACGCCGCGGACAUCAUGGCCAUGCGCUGCUCCCAUCAAAUCCUGCUGUACAAAGGACAAGUUACCACCAAAUACUAUCGCUUCCUGACCAAGGGCGGAGGCUGGGUGUGGGUGCAGUCGUAUGCCACCUUGGUGCACAACUCGCGGUCCUCCCGUGAGGUGUUCAUCGUGAGCGUCAACUAUGUGCUGAGCGAACGAGAGGUGAAAGACUUGGUGCUGAACGAGAUUCAGACCGGAGUGGUCAAGCGGGAGCCCAUUUCGCCGGCGGCCCAAGCGGCGGCAGCUGCGGCGGCACAGGCCCAGGCGGCCCAAGCGGCAGCGGCGGCGGCGGCACAGGCGGUUCCCCAGCAGCAGCCAGCAGUUGUGGUGGUUGUGGGGCAGCAGCAGCAGUCACAGUGCGCGGUGGGCACUGGCGGCCAGGGAGUGGGUCCGGGAACGCCCGUUAGCCUGGCCCUAAGUGCCAGUCCCAAACUGGAUCCCUACUUUGAGCCAGAGCUGCCGUUACAGCCGCCCAAUGCCGUCACUCCCGUGCCCUCGGCGACCAACAAUAGCAGUAAUAAUAAUAACAAUGGCGCCUGGCACCACCACCAGCUACAGCAGCAAUCCGCCAGCAUGGAUCACGACAGCCUGAGCUACACCCAGCUCUAUCCGCCGCUCAAUGACCUUGUGGUCAGCUCGACCAGCAGUGUGGGCGGCGGCACUGCCUCCAGUGCAGGCGGCGGCUCCAGCGCCUCGGCCUCGUCCUCGGGUGUCUACUCCACGGAAAUGCAAUAUCCGGACACCACCACGGGCAACCUGUACUACAACAAUAAUAAUCACUAUUACUACGACUACGAUGCCACAGUGGAUGUUGCUACCUCGAUGAUACGCCCCUUCUCGGCCAACUCGAAUAGUUGCUCCAGCAGCUCGGAGAGCGAGCGGCAGCUGUCCACCGGAAAUGCCUCGAUUGUGAAUGGCACCUCGCCGUCGCAGACGACCUACAGCGAUCUGAGCCACACAUUCGAGCUGAGCUACUUUUCGGACAAUAGUUCGCAGCAGCAUCAGCAGCAGCAGCAGCAACAGCAGCAGCAGCAGCAACAACAGCAGCAGCAUCUGAUGGAGCAACAGCAUCUGCACCAACAGCAGCGAUUGCAGACGCAUCAGCAGCAAUACCAGCAGCAACAGUAUGCCAUGCCGCAUCAGCAACAGCAGCAGCAGCAGCAGAGGGUGGUCAGUGAUUUUGCAGAGAGCUUUAAGAGUGUUAAUGCCGCUGCUGCGGCGGCGGCGGUGGUGGCCACGCCCCAUUACACCAGCGUAAUUGUGGAGCCGCAGCACUACAUACCCAACGAUUUUGUACAUUAGCAGCAGCCUGCUUUUGUUGUUGUUACUGUUGUUGUUGUUGUUUCUAAAACAAUCGAGCAAGCCAGCAAACGCGUCGACUGCCCCGCCCCGCCCUUCCGCCGGACACCCCUCGAGUCGGCGAGUUCCAAAUGUAAUAUGUGGCUGAGCCAACAAAUCUGCAGCUCUAUCUUUCUGUUUCGCGGUUUUUCUUAUUUAUUAAAAAGUUUUCCCUCUCUGCUUACGAUACCGGCAGAAAAUUGAUCGAAAAACGGAAAUAUCCUUGUUAACAAAACGCAGCGAGCAAAUACAAAUUCUAUGAUAGAUCUUAGCCCUAAGAAUUAACUGUAAAAUGUUCAUAAAAAACUAACUUUAAUUCAAUUGCACAUACUUAUAUUUAAAGCCUAUACAUAAUUAUACACAUGAUCCCCAGAUCGUGAAUGCAUAUACGAUCUAUAACUAUGUCUAUGUAUAUACAAAAAAUGCAAAUGAUUUGUAAAUAGUGAAGCUCCACUAUGCAGAAUAUGAUCUUCAUAAGUCAAGUAAAUAAUUGUAAAUGUAACAUUAACUAUUAUCGCAAAUUUUUCUAAUUUGAAUAAAUAAAUUAUUAUGUGGGUGAACAAUAAUCAAUAGAGUCUAAUUUUAUUCGAGGCGCCUUGGGCU